CCCCGAUCGGGCCUAGCCCCGUGGGCGGGGCUGGCGCUCGAAGCUUUUUAUUUCCUCGGGCUUUUCCUCCAUCGCUGCCAUCUUACGAUUAUUAUUGGCACUACUGUCCCUGUCCCUGUUGCUGCUCGAGUUCGAUUGCCCGUGUCAAUCGUGAGUCGCAUCUCUCUGCUCCUGCGCUUCGUGCCCCUCUCGCCCUUCCCCCGCGACGAUCCUCUUCCCGGCAGGUUCUGCCUCGACGUCACCCCGCCUUUCCACCACCACCACCACCUCCUCCUCCUCCUCCUCGAUCUUCCUCUCGCAGCGAUCUUGUCUCUUUCUACAAGACACUCGAUCGGCAUCUUUGCUUCCCGGUCAAACCCUCACCCAUUCUCACCACCAGUAAUCCGACUCCGACAGAAGGAAUCAUGGCCGUCCGCGCACAGUUCGAGAACUCCAACGAAGUGGGUGUCUUUGCCCGUCUCACCAAUUCAUACGCCGUCGUUGCCAUCGGUGCCUCCGAGAACUUCUACAGUGUCUUCGAGGCCGAGCUGCAAGAUGUCAUCCCAAUCUGCCACGCUACCAUUGCUGGAACCCGUAUUGUCGGCCGUCUCACGGCUGGUAACCGCAAAGGUCUCCUCGUCCCCACCACUACGACAGACCAAGAACUCCAACAUCUCCGGAAUACGCUGCCCGAUUCGGUCAAGAUCCAACGUAUAGAGGAGCGACUGUCGGCUCUGGGAAACGUCAUUUGCUGCAAUGACCACGUCGCGCUGAUCCACCCGGAUCUCGAGCGGGAAACCGAAGAGAUUAUCGCAGAUGUCCUUGGCGUCGAAGUCUUCCGUCAAACCGUCGCCGACAACGUCCUGACGGGCUCCUACAUGGCUCUCUCCAACCAAGGUGGUAUCGUCCACCCCAAGACCUCCAUCCGCGAUCAGGACGAACUCUCCUCCCUCCUGCAGGUGCCUCUCGUUGCUGGCAGUGUGAACCGCGGUAGCCCCGUCGUCGGAGCCGGCAUGGUCGUGAACGACUGGCUCGCUGUUACGGGUCUGGAUACCACGGCCACGGAAUUGAGUGUCAUGGAGAGUGUGUUUCGCCUGGGUGAGAUGGGUCCCCGUGGUGUUGGCGUGGGUAGUGCCAACAAGGAGAGCAUUGUGGAAAGUUUCUACUAGAGUUUCUCUCCCCUUUUCUCUAUUUCCCCUUUUGACCUUUUUUUCGAACCUUUUUUUUCCUUGUGUGCUUUCUCUCGAACAUACAUGAAUAUCCUUAUUGUGCUAUGAAUGAAUGGAAUGGGUAGAUUUGGGUGUGAAG